AAGAUACUUAAUGACUUGUUCCCGGAGGACAUUGCGCACGAGAUCGUGAGCACCGGCAAGAUCUCCUACAGAUCUCGUCGAGCUGUAGUUCUGCACCUCGACCUGUGCAGCUACACAGAGAUGGUAUCGAAGAUGGAGCCAAUGGAAGUCGCCAAGCUCAUUCACACCCUCUUCUCCAAGUUCGACUUGUGCGUCGGGCGAGCUCACCGUGUAUUCAAGAUUGAUACCAUUGGAGAUGCAUAUGUGUGCGCGGGAUGGGUUACCGACACAACAGAGCGUGUGGUGUGCAAGAGCAUGGUAAGGCUUGCGAAGCAGCUUCUGGAAACGGUUAAGACGCAGAGCAAGGAGUGGAAAAUCGACUUGAGAUGUCGGAUUGGAGUGGCUCUUGGCACAUGCGGAGCAGGAGCGGUAGGAAAGCUGCAGCCUCGCUACCACAUCAUCGGACAAGCCAUGGAAAGCGCGAAGCAACUGGAGGGCGCGGCGAUGGAGCAGUCAAUCCAUGUGGGGGAUUCCGUGAGAGCCGCCAUCUCCGGGUUCGGUGAAUUUAUCUUCGACUUCGAG